UGGCGGGUUGGCGCAUCAUACUUUGCUCUAGGCGCGCUCAUCUCCCUCGUACUUCAUAUCGUACUCGCAGUCUGGAUCCCGACGCUCGAUUCUUUCCACAACGGAGUCGGCGUUGUAUCGUCUGGCAGCUGCCGCACGGCAGGCAUCUACAGCACUCUGAUCCGCGUCGGGACAACUGCCGUCUCCACGUUGCUCAUCGGUGGGAGUAACUACUGCAUGCAGUGCUUAACGGCGCCGACGCGAAAGGACUUGCAGAAAGCCCAUGACAAGGGCAUUUGGCUUGAUGUUGGCGUGCAAAGUAUACGCAAUCUCAGGACUAUCAAGGGAUAUAGGUCAUUUCUCUGGCUUCUCAUCACCAUUUCAUCUAUUCCUAUUCAUCUCUUGAAUUUUACGGAAGAGCUUCCUCGCAAUGCCACGGAGUAUCUGAAUAGUAUCAAAAAAGCACAGGACUGGCCCGGUUCAGCUAGCGAGAGCGACAUUGGCAAGUUUAAGCGUUUGUCUGUUGAGGAGUGCAUCGACGCAUACGCAAAACCAGUAGUCAGCGGUCGACGAACCGUGAUAAUAACGACCGCCAACGAAACGGGAGGGGAACCAUUUGCUUUUGGGUAUGAAUACUUUGUGGGACGAUACAUCAAUACGACUACUAGCGCCUACCGUCCAUAUGAAUGGAUAUGCUAUGACUUUCAGCUUCCGUAUGAGUACGCAUUUUCCUGUUACAGGUUCAUCCACAAUUUGACAGAGCAACGUGGACAAUGGGCACCGUGGUUUCUCCCAGCAAUGUAUUGUCACAGCGAGAUCGUUGAAGAAGACUGUGCCCUCAACGCCAGCCAGCCCAUCAUGAUCGCCAUCAUUCUCUGCAACUCUAUCAAGUUGAUAAUUAUGACAACGAUGGUGUUUUGGGUCAAGGGAUGGCCAAUCAUCACUCUGGGAGACGCCAUUCAAUCGUUUCUCAACGAGCCCGACCCAACCACCGAGGGUCUCUGUUUGCUCUCCAAAGCCGCUGUGACGGACCAACCCGCACUCUGGCCUAAGAUCGAGCUGACAGAUGAGCCCGAUCCCAUCAUGGCUCGAAGAAGGCGUUAUCGAUGGUCAGAUGCAGCGAGCUCCAGGAGAUGGUUUUAUACCCUUGCGAUCUUCGGAGUAUCGCUGAUGGGGAUGAUUAUCUUCUUCGGGCUAAUUAUCGACCUGAUCAAGAACAACGACAUUGUCAAUCCCUUUUCUAUUGGAUUUGGAUCAGUGGAUACAGCAGCCGUUAUGACAUACCUCUCAAUUCCAACCUCGACGAAACACCGAUAUCGCAUCCUAGCAGCCGUGGUUGUCGCCAAUCUCCCACAAAUGAUAUUUUCCGUCAUCACAUUCUCACUCAACAAUCUCUUAACCGUCAUCUAUACCGCUCAAGAGUGGGAAGGCUUCUCAAGAUAUAGGAAGACACUCCGGGUAUCGGAGCCAAAGGGCGAGCAGAGAAGCACAUACUUUCUUCAGCUGCCAUACCGAAUCGCGGUCCCUUUUCAUGUUGCCACUGGUGUGAUCUCAUGGCUCUUAUCCAACAGCGUUUUCCCCCUUGUUAUAUCCAGCUACGAUUCCCUUGGAAGGGCGAUGACGGAUGUUGAUGUUGCAGCAUGCGGCUUCUCCCCCUGGCCGAUGGUACUCGCCAUAGUUGUAGGGGUUGUUCUGAUGGCUGGUGUAUGUUCAUUCUUUGUCCUUCGUUUCGUCAGCACAAUGCCCAUGGUGGGAACUUGCAGUGCAGCAAUCUCGGCAGCCUGUCACCAUGACGAUGGGCAGGAAGAGGUUUCUCUGAAGCCCGUGAAAUGGGGCGCGGUGUUUGUCCCGGAGACAGAAGGCCAGGAAUGGGUUGGGCAUUGUUGUUUCACGAGCAGUCUCGUCAAACGGCCAAAGCCGGGGCGAUUUUAU